GCUGUAUGACCUAAGAGUGAAUCCUUCACUAUGCAGGUGGGUCCACAGCUUCCUGACCGGACGACCACAGCCGUUGUAGGACUGAUCUCCCACAACGACGAGACUGCCUACAGGAGGGAGAUCUCCCACCUGGAGGUCUGGUGCCAGGAGAACCAUCUCCUGUUAAAUGUUAGCAAAACAAAAGAGCUGAUAGUGGACUUCAGGAAACAGCAGAGGAGCCUCCAUCCACUCCUCAUCAGUGGCUCUGAGGUGGAAAGUGUGGACACUUUCAGGUACCUGGGAGUGACCAUAUCACAAGACCUGACCUGGACUCAGCACAUCACAACAACUGUGAAGAAGGCCAGACAGCGUCUGUACCUCCUCAGACGACUGAGAGACUUUAAGCUCCCUCUCAGGGUGCUCAAGAACUUUUACACCUGCACCAUUGACAGCAUCCUGUGUGGGAGCAUCACCAUGUGGAUGGGGAACUGCACAAAGCAGGACCUCUUGGCCCUAAAAAGGGUGGUCCGCUCAGCUGCUCGGACCACCAGAACAACUCUCCCCAACCUGCAGGACAUUUAUGUGGAACGUUGCAGGUCAAGGGCUAAGAGGAGCCACCCCGCACACUCUCUCUUCUCUCCACUGCCAUCAGGCCGGCGUUUCCGCUGCCUGAGGACUAAGACUGAGAGGCUGAAGAAGAGUUUCUUCCCCCUGGCUGUCCACUUGCUCAACUCUGAGCACUGA